AUGGCCCAAACUGCCUCCCUUAAGCAUACACCCCUUGCUGCCAAUGUUCCGACGUUCUGCACGUCUCUGCGAAAGCGGAGGGAAUGGGAAACUCUGGUGCCCAUCCUGCUGAAAGAGACGCCAAAAUGGCGAGAGUCAAGACUCGAGACUCACGAUGUCGCUAUGCCUGUGGCCAAAUCAGAGUCGCCCUCUGGUCAUGCAAUUUUCCGCUUUAUCUUGUUAUCCCAAGUCGAUGUCGGGUCCGAUCAGACAGAGCAGCGUCUCAACCGACUUGCGCAUCUGACAGGCGGCAUCAAUGUUGCUGUGAUUUUUCUCCUCGGUGAUGGAGGCAACAUGUCUGGCUUUAUGCAACUGCAGCUCGAUAUGAUGGACAAGUUCGACAUGCGACUUCUGCCCCUAUAUACUGUGCAAGCUCUACCGACUACUCUAGCAGCUUUCAUCCAACAACUCAGCACCGUUAGCCACCCAUCGAGGCCAUAUAAGACCAUUGUUCAUGACCUCUUGUCAUACAGCACCCUGAAUCCGCAUUUGACCGAGCACAAGCUCAACUUGCUUAGCGACAUCACAAGUGGUUUCAAAGAACUCGCUAGCAAGGCAGCCACGGAAGAGGGCAAGGCUAUCCUAUUAGAGUAUCUGGGCGAAGAGGACGCGCAGCGGGUCAUCGACUUCUGGAUGUUUGAAUACGCGCUAUGA